UGGGAAGUCCGAACCUCCAAAGUUGCCGCUUAUUUUUUAAAAUUUUCAAAAUCGAUUGCGGGAAUUCGAUAACCGGCUCUCGAUAUUAAGUUCCAAGAAUUGUUACCAGAGUAUGAGUUUGUAUUAUUAGUAAUCAGGUUUAGUUGUUAGAUGUUUAUAAUACAUAAAUAAUUUUUAUUGAUAUUGUUUAUUUUUAAAUUUAAUUUAGUAAGAAUUAGAUAAAUAAGCCAACAUUUUAUCGAUAAAUUUAAUGACAAUAAUAAUAAAGUGACAAAUAUAUUUUAUUAGACAUUUAAAUUUAAAAACAAACAAACAAAAUAAAUAAUUAUUUUAAAAAUGUUGUAAUAAUGUAAAUAUAUUAUGGAUUAUCGUUCAAGUUGGGAAUUUAAUGUCGGAUUAUUAUUAGCCAUCAGUUCUAAUUUAUUUAUUGGUGCAAGUUUUAUAAUUAAAAAAAAAGCAUUAUUGAAAUUACAAAAAUAUGGAGUACGAGCUGGUGAAGGAGGUCAUGGUUAUUUACGUCAAUUCACAUGGUGGUCUGGUCUUCUAACAAUGGGUAUUGGCGAAGCUGCUAAUUUUGUAGCUUAUGCAUUUGCACCAGCUUCUGUAGUAACAUCUUUAGGAGCACUUAGUAUAGUUGUAACAGCAAUUUUAUCAUCAAAAUAUCUUAAUGAAAAAAUCAACUUGCUUGGAAAGCUAGGAUGCAUUUUGUGUAUGCUAGGUACGACAAUAAUUGUUAUAAAUGCACCAAAAGAUGAACAGUUUGAAACAUUUCAAGAAUUGAUUGAAAAGUUGUAUACUAAAAAUUUUAUAAUAUAUGUUAUUAUUAUUAUAACAAUAAAUUUAUAUUUAAUUUUUUAUUGUGUACCAGUAACUACAACUGGUCAUGAUAAUAUUAUUAUUUAUAUAUUUAUUUGUUCAUCUUUUGGUUCAUUGACAGUCGUCAGCUGCAAAGGAUUAGGACGAGCAAUAUUGGAUUCGAUUUAUUAUGAAGUUAAUGAAAUGGAAAAUUGGAUCACGUGGUUAUUUUUACUAUCAAUAAUUGUAUGUAUUAUGAUUCAAAUGAAUUAUUUGAACAAAGCAUUAGAUUUGUUUAACACCGCAGUUGUCACUCCGAUUUAUUACGUCGGAUUUACGAGUUUUGUAAUUAUUGCCACGAGCAUUAUUUUUGAUGAAUGGAAGCAUAUGAACUUGCAAAAUAUUAUUUGCAACUUUUGUGGAUUUUUUGUUAUCGUUACUGCGAUAUUUUUACUAAAUGCGUUCAAAGAUUUAAAUAUAAGCUACAGAGACAUUAAACAACUAUCGAUUACAAAUAAUAUUCGACGUGAUUAUUCCAGUAAUGGAAAAAAUAUUGAUAAUGAUAAUAAUGUUUUUGAAUUAUUAUUAAAUACGUGUAAUUAUGCUAGCUCGUGUACCUGUUGUAUUAAAUGUACGAAAGAAAAAGAAAAUGUUAUUUAGAUAACAUUUUAUUUUUUAACUCGAGUAAAUUUUUUAAAUUAUUUUAUUUUAAAAUAAUAAAUAAAUAAGGGAAUUGACUGAUAGAUUUUCCCGUUUAUUUUAUUUUAUUUUGUAAUUAUUAUAAUAAUAAGUACGGGUAAAAAAAAUUUUAUAGAUUUAUUUUAGACAAUUGUAAUUAGUAUUUGUUAAUUUGGUUGUCUAGAGGUAAAGCAGUACCUCCAUUUUAAAUAUAAACCCAUAUUUGUAAAUGAUACUGAAAUUAGCAGACGUCUAAUAAUUUUUGGAUUUUGUUUUAGACAAUAAAAAAUUUUUAAAAAAAUAUUUGAAAAAAUUGCACCUGUAGUUUUUAAAAUUUUCUACAUGUGCAUAUUUUUUAAAUAUUUUUUUGCAGUUGAUUUAUUGAAAAACGAAAAUUCAAAAAUUUUUAAAUAUCUGCUAACUUCAGGAUCAUCAUAUUUGUAAAUGAUACUGAAAUUAGCAGACGUCUAAUAAUUUUUGGAUUUUUUUUAGCCGAUAAAAAAUUGAAAAAAAAAAUAUUUGAAAAAAUUGCACCUGUAGUUUUUUAAAUUUUCUACAUGUGCAUAUUUUUAUAUUAUUUUUUUGCAGGUGAUUUAUUGAAAAACGAAAAUUCAAAAAUUUUUAAAUGUCUGCUAACUUCAGGAUCAUUAUUUGUAAGUGUAUGUUACACGUUUGUGCAAUCAUGCAAAAAUAAGUUUACACAAUUUUUUUUUUAUUCAAACAUAUCAAUAAUUUUAAACUUAAAUAUAAUAGUAACAAAAUGUACAAGUAUUUAAAUGUGCUAACAAUAAUUAUUACUUGAAAAUUUUAAUUUAUUCUGACUAGUCGAUUUCAUUUUUUUUGUAAUUUAAAUAAUUGUGGAUAUGAUAAUAAUAAUAUAACAUAUUUAUAUUUUUUAUUUGUAAUUUUAAACAAAUGGAGGAAAAAAUUAAUUAUAAGUAAAUUAAAUUAAAGAACAAAAUUAUAUAAUAUUUAUUAAAAACGAUAGUCAAAUUGUUUGUUUCAGUUUUAAUUAUCUUUUAUUUUUUAUAAAUAAAUUAAUUAAUGAAAAAUUAUAUGGUUGUUAAUUAUAUCAUGCAUUCAAAAUUUCUCAAGCUCUAUCUCUCGCUAUAUAGAAACGCUUGGCUACAGCUAGAGCUAAUUAAGUGGCUGCCAAAAUUAUAAGAAAAAUGUCAUUAAAUAUAUGAGGUGGGAAAACAAAAUGAAAAGUAUGGAACCAGAUGCUAGUAACAGGAAUUUUUUUUAAAUUUUUCUAAAUACUAUAAAUUUCCGGUUGUACAGUGAAUUAUCGUAUUUUACCUCAAAUUACCGUAAGCUGCCGUAUUCUGCAGUCAUCUACCGCAAAUUACCGUAAAAUUCGAAAAAUUAGCAGGAAAUUACGGUAGUUUGCGGUAAAUUUCAGCAUAUAAAAUUUUUUUACUCAAAAUAAACUUUUAAAAAAUCAUAACAACAAAUUCAAUAAGUUUAGAGAUUCGAAAAGUAAAAGUGAAGAAUCACCAAGAGCUUAAUCUUCAAAGGAAUCACAAAACCUUCAUCCAGUUUGAAAUAAAACGUCAUUAUUUAAGUCAUCAUAAGGUCCAGAUCCAGAGAAAUCUGCAAAAUCUCCCAUUUACUAAUAAUUUUAUAAAAAAAAUUUAUACAAGAACCUGGGUCUUUUUUCAAACAAUCCAGGUGUUAAAGGUCUGGAUAUCAAUCUUGAUUAUAAAUCUGGAGUAGGAGCAAGUCAACAUACUUUAUAUAUAUGACCCGAGGGUCAUUGAUUUAAAAAUAUGUCUAAAAUUGUCAAGUAUUUAUUUAAUUUAAUAACAAAAAUUUGUAUUAUUAUAUUUCAUAGAUAUUGCACACAGUUAAACAAAAUAUAUAUAUAUAUAUAUAUAGGUAUAUAUCUUACAAAACCACAAAAAUAAUCAAUAUCUUAAAUGACUAUGAAUCAUCAAGAUAAAAAAAUCUUCAUAAACAUAUUGCGCAAUAAUUUAAAAUCCCCGCCAAUAAAGCAGACUUGUUUAUUAUUUAAAUAAUAAUAAUUAUAUUUCUGUAUAAAUCGAUAAAUCAAUAUUUAUAUCAAUCAGCUGUAGUGUUGCAUAAUUAAAAAAAUCAUGGUAAUAUUGAUAUAUAAAAUUAAAAUCCAUAAUUUAAUUAAUAACAUGUUUUGUAAUCCAUUAAAUAUUAAUGACCUAAAUUACUAUAAGAUAAAAAUUUUAAUUUCAUUCGUCGUGUGUAUUUAUUUAAAUUUAAAUAUGUAUAUAUAUUCUGGAGUAAACUAGUAUAAAGUAAAAGUAUCGAUGUGAUAUUAUUAUAAUUAUUUUAAAUUCCAACAAUGUAUUAAAAAAAAACCUUGAAAAACAUUCACACUCGGUAAUUAAUCUCGUUACCCAUUAUCGCAGUUUUUAAUUAAUUGUCAUGUAAAUAUAUAAAUAUAUGGAUUAAUGUUAUGCGAUGAUAAAUUUUAUAAAACGCGGUCUUUUAAAGGUUGAUUUAAAAAAAAAAUUCUUACAGACAUUGAACCCUUGUAGUGACGUAAAUGAAAUAACUCAUCUCCAGACGUCUGACUUUCCCAUGAAAAAAAUAGUCAACAAAAUAAAUAUGAUCAAUAAAAAAAAUAUAUAUGAAUUAUUUUUGAAGAUGGUUUUUUUUAAUUUGACAUUUAUUGUUUAUUGUUU